AUGCUCAGAAAUUACAAAGUGAUAGUGGGGCGAACUUUUCUUUCGUGUAGAGGAUUCUCAGCUGGAAUCGGAGUUGGUUUCAUCCUUGGCCUUUUGGUGGCCAUUUAUUUCUUAGAGUACUCACCUUGCUACAAUCAGGAAGUCUUCCGAGAUCAUUUGCAAGGCCCCAGUGAGGACACAAGUUUCAUUGCAGAGGAAGCAUCACAAAUGAGCGACACAUCCAGCAGAAUGUCGCUGAAGAAACGAGACCGAAUUCUCUGCUGGAUCGUCACGUCUCCCAAAACUCACAGCAGAGCUCGUUUAAUUAGAGAAACUUGGGGAAAACGUUGCGACACCUUACUGUUCAUGAGUUCCGCUCAAGAUGAGGUGUUACCUGAUGCCAUCGUUUUACCUGUGAACGAUACCUACGCCAAUUUAUGGGGCAAGACCAAAGAGGCUCUCAAAUACAUUUACACGCACCAUUUCAAUGAAGCUGAAUGGUUCUACAAGGCCGACGACGACACGUACGCUGUGAUGGAGAACAUGCGACACCUACUGACAUCUUUCGACGCUUCGACAGCAAUCCAUUUAGGAUUUAGGUACGAAAAUCCUAAUAAUGGCAAGCAUUUCAUGUCCGGUGGAUCAGGCUACGUUUUGACAAAGGAAGCCAUUCGUCGUUUCGUCGAACUGGGCAUUGGCAAUGUCACAAACAAAGUGCAGAUGACAUCUUCCCCUAAAAAAACUAGUCCCUGCUCACCUGGUCACGAAGGACUUGAAGAUGCCAAGUUAGGAAGCUGUUUAGAAAAGUUGAACGUGACAGCUGAAGAUUCUCGUGAUGAGAACGAAGAGGAACGUUUUCUGCCAUUCAGUCUGGAAGAAAUGAUAUGCGGCCAUUUGAAAUACAAACCUGAAGAUUACUGGAUGCUUCGUGAAUGGUCCUUCUAUUUUCCACUCAAAGAGGUCAGUAUUACUAACUGUUUCGUGAACAGUACAGUUCCUAUGGUUAAAUUGGUGGUAAUAAAUGAAAUUCAGGACAUGAAAUGCUGCUCACGAUAUACCGUGGCUUUUCACUACGUUAAGGAUUACCAACUUAAAGUAUACGAAUACCUGAUUUACAAGUUACGACUCCAUGCAAACCUGUAG